CGCCCGAAGAAAACAUUAGCGUGUGGUGAGGAGGAUGAGAGAAUAAUUCUUAUCUUUUGUAUAACUGUCACAGGAUUAUUGAACCGAAGAAGGACAAUUGAUAAGCAAUAUCUGGAGUUUGGUAGUGAUUAUAGAGUUAAUCGGAGUGGCAAUGACAUGGAUUUCACUGAAUAAGAGAUUGUUGUGGAAGAUGAACUUAUAAUCAAAGUCGUUUUGUCAAAAGGAUUUACGCAUAUUUGAAGCUAAAUGCCAAUUACCAGAUUCCAGGCGCUUCUAGUUUGUGCUAUUCUUUGUAACUGUGCUGUGUUGUUUUAUAUAUCACACGUUCAAUCAACGGAUGAAGCUCUAAAUCCACACACGAGGCCCAAACUGAGCCACGCUCCAGAAUCUCACAGUAAAAGCUCCUCCGACUAUUUUCAUGAUGUCAAGACCUUUCAAAAUGAGGUUACCGUUGUCAUUAUGGAGUUUGAAGAUUACGAGAACGAUAUACCAAGGAGUGUUCAAUCAGUAUUAGACGUAUUUCCUAAAAUCAAUAUAUUUGUAUUGUCAAAUCGCCGUCCAUAUCCACCCCUGGACUUACCGUGGGAUAAUGUGCAGUUGGUUGUUGAAGAGAUUCCUCCCGAUCAAAAGCAAUCUUCAGGCAGACCUGAAAAUUACAUAACGACACCUUAUGUGCUUGUAAUGCCAGAUGGAACUCGAUUCGAUUCAGCCAAACUACCACUCUCAAUGUUAGGUGCUUUAAAAGAGACUUCAACCAGUAACAGCAAAAUAGUAGCAGUACCUUUGGAUAGCAGGGAACCCCUACAGUGUUAUAAUUUAAAAGUGGAUUUGAAAAGAUGGACUUUGCAGUAUUCAUUGUCAAAGAAUUUGUCUGGAGAUUUCAUGAUAUGUGACUCUAUUUCUCCUAGUCCAGUCGUGAUCUUAAAAUCAGCCUUCCUUCACAGCCUCAGUGUUCCUUACAUGAGGCCAUUCCCCGAAAGUCUCUUCAUUCAAGCAUCCAUUCACUAUGUUCACACUAAACUUUUGUACAAAUCUUCAUUUUCACAUGGCUCAGAACUCUUUACAAAUCCUCACAAUAAAUGGAAGCAUGAGAGUGACUCCAAGAAAAAAUUACAACAUAUGUUCAAAAGGUUUGGAGUCAAAAAGGUGGAGCAUUCCUCUGGAGAAGAAGAGUGGUAUGGGUGUAAUAAAAAUACUAAACGUUGCUUUGGUACUAUUGUAGAUGAUAUGCCAGAUUUCCUAUAUAAUAAUCGCUGGACUCCUCCUUGUUGCUUGAAGAAUCUCAAAGAAACAGCAAAAUAUGUAUUUAAAAUCUUUGAAAAGUCCAAAGUAAGCUAUUGGUUAGAAGGGGGGUCACUACUUGGUGCGGCCAGACAUAAGGAUAUUAUACCAUGGGAUUAUGAUGUCGACAUUGGAAUGUACAAAAAUGAAAUAAGCAAGCUAGAAUUUCUAGUCAAGGCUGAAGAGCUCAGCCACAUAGGUUCAAAGUUUGUGGAUAACUUGGGAUUUGUUUGGGAGAAAUCACCUGAAGGGGAAUUCUUUAGAGUCCAAUUCAGUCAGUUUAAUCAUAUGCAUGUUGAUAUAUUCCCUUUUUAUGAAAGAAAUGGAGUAAUGACAAAAGAUACUUGGUUCAAAACCCACAGACAAGACACAGAAUUUCCUUCCAGAUUUUUGAAGCCCCUGACAAAGAUCGAUUUUAUUGGGGUCAAGGCUUCAGCACCUAAUCAUGUAAGAGAGUUUUUGGAGUUCAAAUUUGGAAAAGGUGUGAUUGAAAAUCCACAAUAUCCAGAUCCUUCAAAGAUAAAGAGAAAGACAAAAGAGAAACCAGAAAAAAAGGGAUAAAUAUUGAAUGCUUUGGAAUGGGUAGCAAAUUAUCAUAAAUUAGAAAAUAUUUCGUUUGCAAAAAUUCAUAAUAUUAUGAUGAUCAAGACCUGAUUUUUAGAGCAAGCAUUUUUGAAAUUUCUACGAUUUUAUACUAAUAGUAUUAAAAAUAAGUUGUAAUUCUUCUAAUAGUUUUCAUAGUCCUAUAUAAGAUAAUAGGUAAUGUAAUAUUGUCUUACCAAUAUGGAUGUAAGCAGCUUGCUAAGAGUAAGUUUAUUUUA